AUGUCGCAACUUCAUUACAAGUUCGCAGACAAGUCAGAGUUCGAAGUACUACCGUUUGAAGGAUCCAAAAUUUCAAUUAUUGCCGCAAAGGAAAACAUUAUAAAGGCUUUAGAUCUGAAAGAAGCAGACAUCGUUCUAACGCAGGCAGAUACAGACGAAGAAUAUACUGAUGAUAAUAAGUUAAUACCCUCAGACACCAGAAUAAUUGUUAAGUAUGCGACAACGAAACCGGUGAAUGGCUUAGACCCCCAUUCUGCUCCAGUAUCCAGCCUGCCGUUGAAGCCGUCUGGAGGUCCAAAUACUAAUACGACUAAAGGUUACCCAAAACAGCAGCAGCAAACAGAACAGAUUACUGGCGUUGAUAUAAUUACCUCGAAUCCUAACAUACAAUCGGAAGAUGAUGCGAUUAAGACAAUGUUUCAGCAACAGGCCAUUUUUUGGGAUGCUGCACAAAAUAGAUCUACAAAAACAUCAUCUUCGGAAGUGCUGCCUGAACGAACAAAUGGCAAUCAGUCUAUUUUAUCUUUAUCUGCUUCACCUAAACAAUAUCCGCGGCCUAGUGAAGUUAUAUUAAAAAAGAAAUCUAUAGGACAACCCUCGUGGAAUGAACAGAAUGGACAAGCAAAUGGAUUUCCCACACAAGAAAUUUCAUCUUUUAGUUCCACGACUUCGGACCGUCCCAUUAUUGCUCAAUCCCAAGUAUUUCGCGAGCACCCCAGUUCAUCCGUACCUACUUCUAAUGAAUCACAUCAAAUUUCACAACAAAUUCCAGAAGAACUUCAAUGUGGCUUAUGCAAGAGGCUCGUAAAAGAAGCUGAGUCGACACCUUGUUGUCGUGCCAUCUAUUGCCGGCAAUGUAUUCAAGAUACGUUGAUGAGAAACGGGUUCAAGUGUCCUGAUUGCAGAAAACAAUUGAUGACGGAUGAUUUGGAAGAAGAUACGAGAACACGAGAAGCAGUCAGGAAAUAUAAGGAAGACGGUGGUGAGCAGCCUCAAACUCAAAAUCAAAGUCUCCAAGCGCAAAAUGCCAGAGAUCAAAUUGAUCGAGGAGGGGUAAAUGUCUCGUCAGACAAUCCAAAACAAAAGGCUGAUAAAGCUGACAUUCAAAAUGUCCAGAUUUCUCGUGUUGAUAAUAUUAAUACAUCGGUCAAUCCAAGAACUCCUAAAGAUAAUCAAACAGAG